AUGACUUCAAGUUCUGUUUCAUCAACAUAUGCCAAAGGCAUCAUAACUGUGUUGAGGCCAAGUGGCAGCAUAGAAUACUCGCCGCCUGCGCUCCCAGGGCCCUUCCCUGGUGGCCGCGUGGUCCGGCUGCACCCGGUCAUCUUAGCCUCCAUCGUGGACAGCUACCAACGAUGCAAUGAGGGCGCUGCCCGAGUUAUCGGGACCUGGCUGGGCACUGUCGACAAGCACUCAGUGGAAGUGAUCAAUUGCUUUUCAGUGCCUCACAAUGAGUCUGAAGAUAAGGUGGCCGUGGACAUGGAAUUUGCAAAGAACAUGUAUGAAUUACACAAGAAAGUCUCUCCAAAUGAGCUCAUCCUAGGCUGGUACACUAUAGGCCAUGACAUCACUGAGCGCUCAGUGCUGAUCCAUGAGUACUACAGCCGAGAGGCCCCCAACCCCAUUCACCUCACUGUGGACACCAGCCUCCAGAACGGCCGCAUGAGCAUCAAGGCCUAUAUCAGCAAUUUAAUGGGUGUCCUUGGGAGGACCAUGGGGGUGAUGUUCACACCUCUGACCGUGAGGUAUGCGUAUUACGACACCGAACACAUCGGAGUUGAUCUGAUUAUGAAGACCUGCUUUAGCUCCAACCAGGUGAUCGGGCUCUCAAGUGACUUGCAGCAAGUCGGAGGGGUGUCAGCCCGCGUCCAGGAUGCGGUGUUGCAGUAUGCAGAGUACGUGCUGUCUGGAAAUGUGACAGCUGACAAUACCGUGGGCCGCUUCUUGAUGAGCCUGGUUAACCAAGUACCCAAAAUCGUUCCCGAUGACUUCGAGACCAUGCUCAACAGCAACAUCAACCACCUGCUGAUGGUGACCUCCCUGGCCAACCUUACGCAGUCACAGAUAACCCUCAACGAGAAACUUGUCAACCUGUGA